AUGGCAGACUCAAGCUCCUCCGCAGGCGCGACCUCCAGUAUCGCUGAUUAUCCGUCCUUGAAGCCCGCAUUGCAUCUGCGAGUUGCGAUCGGAAACGCCACGCAGGUUGGCAGUCUAUCACGCGGAACACCACUUACAGUUGUACCACUCGUUUCCGCGUCACUGGACUCAGAACCUGGGUUCCCGAUCUCAGUCCAUGCUCGAAAUCGCGGCCAUGGAGGGGUCGACUACGUCCGCAACGACCCUGAUGGGAAACGGAUGAGGCUGACUAGUGACUUGGUGGUUGGGGAAGGGAUCGAGGGCAAUCGCGAGACCAUCCAAAUCCACUACACCGGCAUAGUGGAUAUCAACAGCGAGAUGAGAAGCAUCCUCGGACGUAGUCCGAAUGCUGCAUCCACCAAUUUCGGGGGUUCAUUCAUACAUGUCACAUUUGAAACUGGAGUUCCGCGGUUCAAGGCCCUGGAGCAAGCAAUAUUUGUCGGAUCUGGUAGAUUUAUUCUUGAUGGCAACGGCCUGAGCGCUGAGUACCGCAUAAGUCAGGUGUGCAAGGGUGAAGGGAUUGCAGCUGAGGCUGCCACGCAAGAAAACCCUAGCGAGGAGACUGAAUCGGUCUCAGCAUGA